CUGAGGGAAACUUAAUGCAAGUGCUCCUGGAGAAUGGUUUGGCUCAACCACACAAGUCCUGGAUAAAGGGGGCUCUGCUACUGGGGGCUUGGAAGGAGUCCCAGAACCUGAGGAUGGUUCUGGAUCAGGGGAUGGGGCAUGAAGAUACUUUGUUGUCUCCUGAGAAACUCCAAAGCUCUUUACAAAAGCAAAUGACUUGAGUUUUGCACUCUACACAGAUUUUGUGACCCCCUGCUGUCCCCGAACAUGUAUGCCUGUGCAAAAUUCGUCUCUGCUCCUGCCCUAGUGAGGAACAGCUCGAGGCUGCUGUGCAGACCAGUCUCUGCCUCCUUGCUGAGCAGGCCUGAGGCCAGGACAGAUGAGCUCGGCUCCACCCCAGCACCCCAGAAUGCCCUCUUCCAAGCUGUGUGCCGGGAGGUCCACACCAGCUCCAUCUCCCGGGACAUUGACACCGCGGCGAAGUUCAUCGGUGCUGGUGCUGCCACCGUUGGGGUAGCCGGCUCUGGUGCUGGCAUUGGAACUGUAUUCGGCAGCCUCAUUAUUGGCUAUGCCAGAAACCCUUCCCUGAAACAGCAGCUGUUCUCCUACGCCAUCCUGGGCUUUGCACUCUCCGAGGCCAUGGGGCUCUUCUGCCUGAUGGUGGCUUUCCUCAUCCUCUUCGCCAUGUGAUGGAGCCAGCUUCCUGCUGAGUGUGCCUCCUGUGUCUAGUCUAUCGUGAGCGGUUGUGAAUGUCCUAAUGCAGGUGGGGGUAUCCCUGCCUCCUAACCAAAUCUGUCUGGCCUGGCCCUGACUGAGGGAAGGUGAAUAAAUACUGUAUUGAUAUACAGAA